AUGUUCCUCGAGUUGACAGAACGUCUCAAUGCAAUGGGUGGAGCGUUAAAGUCUGUCGAUAAGUGGAAGAAGACUUGGAGGGAUCUUAAAUCAAAUGUUAAAAGAAAGGCAGGUAAAACCAGGCAAUCUAUAAGCGAUACUGGUGGAGACCCAGCUGCUGAUGUCUCUACCUUAACAGACUUAGAACAGAAAGUUUUGGCUGUACUUGGGUCUGAAGCCGUAUAUCGCAUUCCUGGAGUUCAAGAAACAGUAGUGAUAAUAGAAAGUCUAGAUGCUUCUGAGACUUUCGAAAUCGAGGUACCAACAUCAGGUUCAGAUGUUCUGCCCACUAUCCAGAGCGCAUCACAAGUUCUCCCAGAGGAGUCAUCACAAAGUAGUGUAAACUAUAGUAACCGUCCCGACACACCACAACCAAAGAGAGUUGUGACAGGAAAAACAAAGCGAAGAAAGAAUAUAGAGUACGUGUUUGAAGGAAUUUUAAAAUUAAAAAAAGAGAGACUGGAACUCAAAAGGCUGAAGCUACAGCUCGACAGGGAGGCUUUUGAGGAAAAUAAAAAAUACAAGCAGCAAAAAUUAGAUGUAUUGAAAAGAAUUGCGGCAGCUUUGGACGGGCCUAGUUAA